CCACAAUCAAGCUCAUCGAAAAUCGACGGCAGACGCCACGACAACAAUUCGUCGCUCGCUUGACCAAGAUUUGGUGCAUCACAAGGACAGAACUCGAAAGGCACAAUGUCUUAGCCCGGAAUACCUAUUCCGGCUGGUCUCGCUCAAUUUGAAAAAGCAUGCAGUGCCGAUUUGGCUCGUUCCGUGUGCACUUGAACCAUGAUGUUUCUUGCUGCACGCUUGCAGUCCUACAUCCCGUCUCUCUACGUAUCCUUGUCUGCUGUUUCCUUUUCUGUCAAGUCACGAAUUAUGUUGCAUUUUAUACCCUCUUCUUCCUUCGAAGUCGUUGUAUUGGCUAGUUUUGUUUCUGUAAUCUUUACCUACAAUCAAGCGUUCUUAGUGUGUCAUACCACCCCGCAAGCCUCGGAGCUGCUAAAAUACGAUUGCUCCUUUUCUUUGUUCCGCGAAUGGUCUCCUGCGAGCCUGUCGAUCGCGAAUCUACCAACGCCACAAUACAACUUUUCCGGUGUCUUGUACACCAAUACGAAGCUGACCUGCUGUCUCGCGACCUUCACCAUGUGACCGUGCACAGCCCCCCUGCAAUUGAAAGCUGAAUUGCCACCCAACAUAUAUUUCGACGCCGUAGCCUGCUCCUCCAACAGCAUCGCAAAAAGUCAGCGGAGUCCGAAUAGAUCCCGC